GGGAGGGAGCCGGGGCAGCGACGUCCUCGUGCGGGUGCUUCCUCUGGCCGGCCAGGGUUCUCAGUGACGCCGAGGACGGUAGGAGGCUGCCUGCCCACUUGGGACAAACGCUCUGGGAGGCGCCCUGUGUCCCGGGAUCCCUGUUACCGUUGUCGGUGCGGAGACGCUGCGACUUCACGGCAGGGUAUUGCUAAUAUCUCCUCCCUGUCUUAUUGUACUGGAUUACUGAAGCAGAGCAUAAUUCUUCUUCUGCACCAUCUGUAUUGAGACUUUUAUUUGAAAACUGUUUGAUCUAUAUUGAAUGUAAUCUAAAGGCUACAGAGCACAGUGUUAAGUUGUGGAGAAGUAGAAUCUUGUAUGUUUUCUGAGGACACUACAACUAUGAAUGAAGAACACUCUGAUGUAACAAAUGGGUGUGGCAAAGUUCGAACUGGUACUCAGAAUGAGGCUGCUUUACUGGCUCUUAUGGAAAAGACUGGCUAUAAUAUGGUUCAGGAAAAUGGACAACGGAAAUUUGGUGGACCUCCACCAGGUUGGGAAGGUCCACCACCUCCCCGAGGCUGUGAAGUCUUUGUGGGAAAGAUUCCCCGUGAUAUGUAUGAAGAUGAACUUGUUCCUGUUUUUGAAAGAGCUGGAAAGAUCUAUGAGUUCAGACUGAUGAUGGAAUUUAGUGGCGAAAAUCGGGGGUAUGCAUUUGUAAUGUAUACAACCAAAGAAGAAGCUCAGCUUGCCAUCAGGAUCCUUAAUAAUUAUGAGAUUCGUCCUGGGAAAUUUAUUGGUGUUUGUGUAAGCUUAGAUAACUGCAGACUAUUUAUUGGAGCUAUUCCAAAAGAGAAGAAGAAAGAGGAAAUCUUGGAUGAAAUGAAAAAGGUUACUGAAGGCGUAGUAGAUGUUAUUGUGUACCCAAGUGCAACUGACAAGACGAAGAAUCGUGGUUUUGCUUUUGUAGAAUAUGAAUCUCACAGAGCUGCAGCCAUGGCAAGGAGAAAAUUAAUUCCUGGAACAUUUCAGUUAUGGGGCCAUACUAUUCAAGUAGAUUGGGCAGACCCAGAGAAAGAAGUAGAUGAAGAAACAAUGCAGCGAGUCAAAGUGUUAUAUGUUAGAAACUUGAUGAUUUCUACCACAGAGGAAACAAUUAAAGCAGAGUUUAACAAAUUUAAACCAGGAGCUGUUGAACGUGUAAAGAAACUUCGAGAUUAUGCUUUUGUUCACUUUUUCAAUCGAGAUGAUGCAGUUGCAGCGAUGUCGGUUAUGAAUGGAAAAUGUAUUGAUGGAGCUAGCAUUGAGGUAACUCUCGCAAAGCCAGUAAACAAAGAGAGCACUUGGAGACAACAUCUUAAUGGUCAAAUUAGCCCCAGUUCUGAAAAUCUUCUAGUCUUUACAAAUAAAGAAGAUGGUCAUCAAAAAUCAUUAACAAAACCAGCAAGUCUUCCAAUUCGCCUUAAUGGACAGCACAGUCCAGGUCCCCCUGAAAUUGAAAGGUGUACUUACCCAUUUUUCCCAGGAACAAAGCUUAAUCCAAUCAGCAUGUACUCAUUAAAAUCUAGUCAUUUUAGUUCUGCAGUAAUGCAGUUAGAUUAUUAUUGCAACAAAAAUAACUGGGCACCACCAGAAUAUUAUUUGUACUCAACUACAAGUCAAGAUGGAAAAGUACUGCUAGUGUAUAAGAUAGUUAUUCCUACAGUUGCAAAUGGAUCCCAGAGUUAUUUUAUGGGAGACAAACUCUGCACAACUGUAGAAGAUGCAAAAGAAUUUGCUGCACAGUUUGCAAUGUUACACUUGGACUACAGUUUCCGCCGAAGUUCAGUGAAUAACGUUUCCCCAGUUAGUGCUACUCUUUCUUCUGGGACAACCAGCGUGCUACCAUAUACAUCAAGGCCAUAUUCUUAUCCAAGCUACCCUCUCUCACCAACUGUUCCACUUGCUAGCAGCAACCAUGCUGGACAGCGUCUGUAUAUCUCCAAUCAGGCCUCAUACUUUUGAGGAAAAGAAAAAAGCUGGGUGACAAUAGCAUAUAUUUUAUUUUUAAAAUUAUAAUGUUGUUUUAGUUUAUAUCGGGUCCACACAAUUGGUUUCGAUCAGUUAAAUAUUUAUUCAGUUUUACAGAUUGCUUAUAAAUUUACUCAAUGCAUGUAGAACAACUUAUUUUGUUAAUUUAUCCACUGUUUAAAUUGUUAAGCUUUAUUUGUUUAAAAUACUGUUCUAUUGCAUUUUGUCAUGUUUUUAAUGUUUAUAUCAUGUGUUUAAUUCAUGCAAAUAUUUUGACAUUAAAUUCUUACUCUAUGAAA